AUGGAGGCGCUCGAGUCCCCCACGAGGCUCGUGACGGACGAGGCCACGCAGUGGCUGGCGUCCAUGGACGAGAUGCGCGACGACGACGCGACGGACAGGGCGCCGUCCCCCAAGGCAGCGGCUGCUAGUCCCGGCUUCGUGUCGCCCAGCACCGACUCCAGCCCCGUAGCGUGCAGUAAGAAGCGCGAGCUGAGGGAGAAUCACGACUCCGAGCCCGAAGUCCCGAAGAAACGGCCCAAGCGCAAGUUCCGCAAGUCCACGAUCAACGUUCGAAAAGAGGAGAAGGCCAACUUGCUGGAGGAGCUGGCCGAGCUGCACACCAAGAUGGAGGAGCUCAAGGCGCGGGCGUUCGCCACGUGUGCGGGCGUGAACACGCGGACGCCGAGUCAGACGCAGGGCGCAAAUCGACUACUGAGACAGGCGAUCCAGAAGCAGCAGCUCGAGUGCACCAGGAUCCACGCGCUCAUGUCGGAGUACUCGUUAUUUAAUAUUCGCGUUGGCAGUCCUAUACAUCGGCCGAUCCACUUACAUCGGGAUACGCACUCUCGACGGGCUACGCUGUUGGCGUUCAAGAGCAAGGUUCUGCAAGACGGCGCUAAGUUUCUCAAUGACCGGAGGCCGCGUGUGGACCCGCUGAAGCCCAUGAGAGAAGACCACGGCUACGAGGCGUCGAAUGGGGACUUUUACGCGACGUACAUCUCUACGAUGCAGUUCGAGAACACGGUCAAACAGGUGUACGACAUUUUGCUCGCGUACUUCAGCAGCAUCGAGAUAAGCGUGUCGGAGAAGCUGGGCAACAUCACGAUCCGCGAGGACGACGACAACAUGGCGCCGGGCAUCACACAAAACCGCCUCGUGUCCACCACCAUCGGCGGGCUGCGCAUGGAGUCCAACACGGUCUACUUCUCGCGGUACGAGCCGGGCGACCAAGACGCAGGUCCGCAGAACGGGUACGGCAUCUUCGUGGCGGACUUCGUGGACGACGACGACCUGAAUCCGUACCACCCGCACGAGCGCAUCCGCCGCGACUUCUCCGCCGUGCUCGAGCUCACGUCGUACCCGAUCAAGCACGGCGGUCGCGUCGUCGUGCUCACUCGCUGGGUGCACAGCAAAGUGUAUCACCCCGAGUACGAGAUCCCGCAGUCGGGCUGGCACGAGAUGCGCGACAACACGGAGCGCUGGAUCCAGACGCUGCACCACACGAUGAUGGAGCGCCUCUCCCCCGUCGUUUGCUGUCACUUGUCACCUCCGCCGAUGCAGCGACUGCCAUCAAUGAGGCGCCACGACGGCGCGUUCCGAGCAGGAGUGGCGUCGUCCAGCACGUCGUCCACGACCUCGUCUCCUCUGAGUGACAGCGCCGCCCCGACGCGCUCGUGGGCGUCCAUAAUAGCCCCGAGACACGACGAGGAUAGCGAGGUGGAAGACGCGAGUGAGACGACUCACAAGCGGCCGACAGAAGCACUGCCAGAGCUACAAGUCGAUGGAAACCAAGGCGAUACUGGCACAGAGUCAGCGGAGAGCGCGCAGCCGAAGCGCAAGCGGAAGCACCGCAAGGGCACCCACACGAUCAGAAAGGUGGCGAUGGACGCGGAAGGAGUGUGGUCGUUAUGGCAGUACUGA